AUGUCGAUAAAGUUAGAUUCGUUCCUGAGGGCCUUCAAGGGCACGCCAGGAGAGAGCUUCCCUGAAUUUUGGGAAAAGUUCAGAGUACUAUGCACUGUUCAAGGAUGGACCUCGGACACGGAUAAGAUGAAACAUUUUCCGCUGUUCUUGUCCGGCGAUGCCUUCCUAGUAUACGAUGGGAUGGAGGAUUCCAGUAAACAGAAGCCAGCUGACGUGAAAGCGAAAUUCGAAGAAGCGUUCUGUGUUUCGAAAUCAGAAGCCUACAGACUGUUCGUGCAGCGUAGGUUACGGACGGAUGAAUCUGCAGACGCAUUUGCGGCAGACUUGCAACGCCUGGCCAAGAUUGCAGGGAACAGUGGUGGCAGAGAUGACCCCAUGGUAGUCGAACAGUUCAUUGCGGGUCUGCCUAGUGACUUUCCAAAACAAGUGCGAUUAUCUUUUGCCGGUGAGGAAAUUAAGAUGGCCGCACUUUUGAGCAAGGUGCGAGCACUACGCCAAUCUGAUCUGCCCCAAGCUCCAAGCAUUGCAGCAGCAGCGGCGGCUCCUGGCAGCAGUACCACCAAAUCCAGUGUGAUGUGCCAUCACUGUCAGGAAGUGGGCCACAUUCGUAGAUUCUGCCCUAAGCGGCAGACGAGAGAUGGAUCCAGAAGGAGCAAUGUGAUUUGCUCGUUUUGCGAGCGCCCUGGCCACACUAGAGCAGACUGUCGCGAUCGAACGGAGUGGGAGGCCUCCAAGAAAGGCAAGGCAGCUGCUGUCAAGGACGGUGGAAAGCGGAGGAACCAUGUGCUCUGCACAAUGAACCAAACCACCAGCGGGUCCCUGGUCCGGAUGUUUCUCGAUAUUCGUCCGUCUGACGCAGCGCCGUGGGAACGUAUCGUAUCUGUCGUCGAUACUGGAUCCACCCAUACACUAAUCGAUUUGGCAUGUGCCCGCCGACUUCAGCUGCCAAUCGUACCCGACAAGAGUGACAGUCUUGUGGCACUGGAUGGCCAGCCCUUGAAGAUUCACGGGCGCACCUCGCUACAACUGCAGCGCCUGGACGAUGCUGUUAUGCUACCUGCCAUUGGGGCCACAGUCCAUGUGGUUGACAGCUUGGAGGCCAUUCAGGCAGAGUUCCUGAUUGGAGCAGACGUCAUCGCCGCCUCGUCUGGUCUCCAGCUUCGCUAUGAUGACGACAAUGUGCUGAGCGGUAUUGUGUUCGGUCCCGGCAAGCCGCCACGUGGCGUGACCGCUGCAGCAGAUCUUCCACAUCCGUCGCCGUAUGUCAGUGUAUCCCGUGAUGGCCAUGAUACCAUACUAACCCUACCUGAUGGCGAGGCGCGAUGGCUGGCUGAUAAGAAGUACUGGCAAGUGAAGUGGACAUGGAAGGACGGCUUACCUCCAAAUGGCCCGGUUGGUCAUGGCAUUGGAGAAUAUUCCCGUAACAAGCUCUCCGCAGACCAGGAACAAUUGUUCCAGGAUGCCAUCAAGCAAUGGAUUGAUGAUGACUGGCUUGUGCCGCACGAUCCGAAGAUACAUGGUGAACCAGCUGCAGUACUGCCUCUGUUGGCACAAGUCCAAGAGCACAAGACCUCCACCCCCGUACGACCGUGCCUUGACUAUCGUCUACUCAAUGAUCGACUCAAGUCACAACCAGGACAAGAGGCUCCAGUAUGUGCUGAUACGCUCCGGAAAUGGAGGCGUGAUGGCAAGCCUGAGGACUUCUGCCUCCUCGACAUCAAGAAAGCCUACCUACAAGUACGCGUUGUUCCCGAGCUACAGCGCUACCAGACCGUGGUGUGGCAGGGCCGUGCCUAUGCGAUGACGAGAAUGGGAUUCGGCCUCAACAUCGCCCCUAAGAUUAUGACAGCCAUUGUCCAGUGGGUGACCCGAUCGUUUCCAGCCGUCGAUAGCUACAUCGACGAUAUCCGAAGCCCGAAUGCCUGCUCCGAUGCCGUAGCAGCCAAGUUGUUGGAGUAUGGACUGCCGACAAAGCCUGCCGAGCCGUUGGUUGCUACAAGAGUAUUGGGCUUGCAACUACACCAAGAUGACGACGGAAGUACGUACUGGUCUCGUCGACCUGGGUUGGACGUAUCCCUUCCUGAGAACCUGACACGACGCACCUUGGCAAGCUGGUGUGGCAAGCUGACCGGGCACGUACCCUUGUGCGGGUGGUUACGGCCGUAUUGCAGUUAUUUGAAGAGGAUGGUUGAGCCACACGCGUCGUGGGACCAGCCACUAUCCGACACGCUCGUUCAGUGCUGCAAGGAGCUGGCUUCCAGGCUUAGCGCUAAUGGUGAUCCUGCGCAUGGCGUCUGGCAUGUCCCUAACCCUGUCGAGUGCACGCUGUAUGUCGAUGCCUCUGACGUGAGCUAUGGUGCUGUGCUAAUGGUGGAUGGCAAGAAGAUCGAAGAUAGAUCGUGGCUGCGGCAGCAUGACGAUAAACGCCAUAUCAACGUCGCCGAACUAGACGCAGCGAUCAAGGGCUUGAACCUGGCUAUCAAUUGGCAGUUCAAGCAAGUGCGUCUCGUAACAGACUCGAAGGCUGUUGCUGCCUGGAUCGACACCAUCGCCAACAACGUACGCAGAGUCAGGACGAGUGGCCUUUACGAUGUACUCGUACAGCGACGUUUGCAGAUCAUUGCAGACCUGAUGGUCACCACUGAAACCAGAGUGGAGGUAGACUGGAUCCCGUCCGAGCAGAAUCCUGCCGACGCACUAACACGUGUCCCGGCUACCUGGGUCAAGCUUUACCGAGCAUCGAAGAAUCCACCUAGCAAUGGUGUCACAGCAGCUGCAACGCCUCGAGCAAGUGUUAUCGGUCCCGUGACGCUAGAGAGUAUCAAGGCAUCACAGCUGAAAGAUGACGUAGUCCAAGCAGUGAUACAUGGUAUACAGCAUGAUCUGCCUGUCGAUGAGUCCUACGCAAGAGUUCGCUCUCAGCUGGUGGUGGAAGAUGGCGUCCUGUAUCGCAGCCUCAAGCUGCCACUAGACGGCGUUAAACAAGUCCCUGUUAUCCCAGCUGCUCUCGUACGGAAAGUGUUGUAUGUAACGCAUACCAACUCAGGACAUGCGUCAUGGUCGACUAUGUAUGAGAUGAUCCGCAGUCGAUGUUAUUUCCCGAAGAUCGCUGCUGCUUGUGAAGCGUAUGUUGCGAAUUGCGGGCAGUGUGUAGCAGCUAACCCAAGCAGAGCACCCGCUAUUGCAGCUACUCGCCCUGAUAUUCCUUGCCGCCCAUGGUCCGAAGUUGUCAUCGAUACCCUGGAGUUGGGUUCGGAUGGCACGAAUGAUUACCACUGUGUACUGAUGUGUGUGGAUGCAUUCACGAAGUGGAUUGAAGUGGUACCCCUUCGUCGUCAUGAUGCUGCUUCAGUCGCCAGUGCAUUUGUGCAGGUCUGCCAGAUGUGGGGUGCCCCUGAUGUUGUGCGAUGUGACAAUGGAACAGAGUUCGCGAAUGCAGUCGUCGAGUCACUCUUUCAGUCACUUGGAGUCCGAGUACGCACAGGUGCUGUGAGACACCCACAAUCCCAAGGCGCAGCGGAGAGGGCAAACCGCACCCUGAUUGGAUUGAUCCGGAAGGUCCUUGAAUACUCAUCCGACUGGAAGUCUGAUCUCCGUACCCUGCUCUUCUACUAUCGUAACAGACCCCACUCGGCAACCCAUCUAUCGCCAAUGGAAGCCAUGGUCGGAUGGCAGCCAGCAAGGUUCAUUGUUGAGUCACCCAUUGCCAACGGCACGAUGUCUGCAAGUGCAUGGGUAGACAAGCUUGCACAGAGAUCCGCGGCUAUCCGCGAUCUGAUUGAAGAAGAGUUAUCGAGCGGCGAUAGUCCUGAUGUUAACGUACUAUGCCUGUAUAGUCCUGGCGAUGCAGUGAUGUUGCGACGUCCUGAACGACGGCAGAAACGUUCUGCACCAUACGAGCGUGGCUGGCGUGUUCGUGACAUCGUCAGUGCAUCCACUGUCGUCAUUCGUCAUCAAACCUCUGGAGCUGAGAAGACUGUGAACGUCGAUCUCCUCAAGCGAGAUUCCAAUGGCUCCGAAGAUGGUGCUUGUUUGGAUGCCAAUGUCGAGCAGCAUGACAACGAUCCUGAGACUGAUAUGGCUAUGAGCGUCGACUUCGACCCACCAACUGCCACUGAUGAUGAGCCCGCUCGCAACCUCCGAAGCAGAGCUGACCUGCAACGCCCUGCUCGCUACAAUGACUAG